AUGGCCUACCUGAGGAUCGCCGCUGUCUCAUUCGCAGUAACCACUGCCUACGCAUUGCCCACCAAGGACAAUACACAGACUGUGAGCUUGAUUGUCCCAGAGACCGCGGCAGGGGCUUCAAUUCCCCACACAAAUUCUUUUGCUUCAUUCUCCUUUGAGCCGGCAUUCUGGGUCGACUUUUUCGGAAAUGCUACCAAUCCGAAUCAGCUUACGUUCAAGGCACUGGACAGAAUCCAUGAGCAUGGAGGGCAUCCAGUCAUACGGCCUGGUGGCAUCACCAUGGACAGUAUGAUAUUUGAUCCUAACGGGGAUGACGUGGUGCGUACGACUAGCCCAGCUGGUGGAGUAUGGCGGACAACUGUUGGACCCGGGUACUACAAGAGCUGGUCCAAUUUCCCCGAAGGAACAAAAUUCGUAUCUACCCUCAACUUUGGCAACGAAAGUCUCGACAUCGCCACAGGUCUAGCCGUCGCCUCACUGACAUACCAACCCGACAAAGUCGCCUACCUCGAACUCGGCAACGAGCCCACAAACUACAACAAGAACCGCUGGAACCUGUCCACCCAAGCCUACGUAAAGCAAUGGAAAGAAUACACCGCCAGCAUCGACACCGCCGUCAACACCAGCACCUCCUCCCCGCUCCUCCCCCAAUCCCGCUGGUGGGCCUCCUCCGCCACAACCGACAACUCAGGCCUCGAAGUGCGCCCCGCGGCCCUCAUCCCCGCAGGCAUAAACUCAGGCCACCAAGUCUCGACCUACUCGAUCCACUCGUACGCCUUCUCGACGUGCGACCCAGCCCGCGCGCGCCUCGCCACCAUCAGCAACAUCCUCAACCACACGGCGCUAACCCACUACUGCGACACUGAAAUCUACCCGUCGGCCCUCGCCGCCCUCGCCGCAAACAGCACCUGGAGCAUCGGCGAAUUCAACUCUAUUUCCUGCUCGGGCGCACCAAACGUGACCGAUACAUUCGCGCAGGCCCUGUGGGUCGUAGACUCUGAAUUGCUGUAUGCAACGCGCAAUGCGACGGCCACCUUCUUGCACCAGGGCGCUACGCUCGCGCUGCAGUCCAACGAGCAGGUUAAUACGCCCGGUAAGAAUGGGAGUCCGGGCUUCAGCACGUAUUCGAUGCUUUAUCCGAGGGAUAGCGAGUUGAGGGGCCCCGCGCGGACGCUGCCGUCUUUUCUGGCUCAGUUGUUCAUGGCGGAGGCGUUUGCGGUCGAGGGGACGAGGGUUAGGGCGUUGGAAGUGCCUGAGGGGGUGAGUGGGGAGAGGUUUGCGGGUUAUGCGUUUUAUGUGGGUGAUAGGGUGGCGAAGGUUGCGCUUGUGAAUAUGAAUCCCUACUAUGCUAAUUCUACGGGGGAUUUUACGGUCAAGGUGGGGUUGGGGGGUGUGCUGGAGGGGGAGGGGGAGGGGGUUGUGAGGGUGAAGAGGAUGACGGCGCCGUUUGUGGAUAGUAAGGAUAGUAAGGUGACGACGUGGGCGGGGCAGUCGUUUCCGCAAGGGAAGGUGGUGGGGGAGAUGGAGAUUGAGGUUGUGGAGGAUGGAGUUGUUAGUGUGAGGGGGAGUGAAGCUGUGUUGGUGUUUUUCGAUGAUGAUGUGUAUGGGUUGUAG